GUUGGUUAAUUCACGUCAAAACAAUCCGGAAGACGAUACAGCAUGACUGAACUGUGAAGGCUGAUUUAAUAACAUUGCUGUUGCAGGCACGGUGGUGGAAGUUAAUAAUGUCGUCGAAUAGAGGACAAACAUAGCGACACAAGCGAAGGCUGUUUUAUGAAUUGGAGAUCAGUCAGUCUCAGCCUCGCGUUCUGGAUUCAAAGUCCAUGUUAACACAUCGCAGCGGUUCUAGAUAUUAAAGUCUUGUAGCUCGUCGCAGACUGGUUCAAAGUCAUCAUGGGCAAUGGAAUGAAUAAGGUUGUAGACGGGCUCUACCUUGGGAACAUAAGAGAUUCUGAAAACAGAGAAAGUCUGUCUAAGAAUGGCAUCACCCACAUCCUGUCCGUGUACAACAAUGCUAAGCCUGUGCUUGAGGACAUGACGUACCUUUGUAUCCAUGCAGCUGAUGCUCCCAGCCAGAACCUAUCACAGCAUUUUAAAGAGUGCAUCAGCUUCAUCCAUGAAUGUCGCCUAAAUGGUGGAUCUUGUCUCGUUCACUGCCUUGCAGGUGUGUCCCGCAGCACCACCAUGGUGGUGGCCUACCUCAUGACUGUCACCCCCUACAGCUGGGAGGAGUGUCUGUCUGCGGUCAAGGCUGUUCGUUCCUUUGUCGGCCCAAACUACGGCUUCCAACAGCAGCUGCAGGAGUACCAGGCGACACAAGUCUCAGAGUACCGAGCUUGGUUACGGUCCAGUUUCCGUGCCAGCCCGUUAAAUGACCAGGAGCAGGUGAGUGCCCUGCUGAACCAGUACACAGAGCAACAGGAGAGCCAGAGGAGAGGAGCAGACCAGCGCUGGAUAAAUCAAGGUGUCUGUGCUCUGCCGUCCGGCUCUGAUGAUCCUGAAGGCAGCAGCUGAAACACCUCUGUCCAUGCCAAAGUCCUGCCUAAUGCUGUCUGUAAAUGGCAGUUGUUAUAAUCUGUACUCAAUUCCAAAUCAACCCAAAGCUGAAUUUAAGGCCUUUGUACAACUAUAAAAGCAUAGGAUUAAAUAAAGGCCCCCUUAAAGCAUAUGUUUCAUACUUUUAUUUGUAUGUACCUUGUGUCUUGUAAUUUUUAAGCAAUGGAGGUUGAUUUAGAAUUGGGCUACAGACUCUUCUUCACUAUCAGUACUGACCGUGCUCCCUUACCUGAAUACAGCCACAACAGGGGUAUCGGUGCUCACAGACGCCUUACUCUAAACACCUCAGCACCUUAGCCAUGAUGAAUAAACUACACUUCCAUGUAAAGUCUUUACACCUGCAAUGUUCAGCUCGGUAGCCUUAAAGACGCAACUAAUUAAUGCCGUCUUAAAGGAACAUUUUGUCUCAAAUUAUGUGGAUGUCUAGUCUGUGCUGAUGGGCAAUGAAAUCGACAAAUCUGCCACCAAUUUGAUGCCAAUUAUUCAGCCCACUUAUUCUGACAUGCACUGGUUUGCAGUCCCGUCCAGACUCUUAAUGGUAAACUCUUUAAUCAAUAAUGCAGCUGGGUAAGAUGGCAUGCUUGGCGGGCUGACAGCAUAAAAUGUGUUAUGAUGUACAACCUAUGGAAAACAAGUACCACCGCUUACCUGUCAAAUGUGUAAGCACUAUUGACAUUUCAUGUUUCAUAGUACACAACACCAACACCAAAACAAUAGUCAUACUGUCGUUAACAGAUAUACUAGCCACUUGGGGAUGUUAUAACUACAAUACAUGCAUCACUGUUGCACAUCACUGCCUAUGGAGUAAACAGAAUUAGUUUACACCCAGUUGAAUACUGUUCUUUCACUCCAGUUGGUACUUCUUGAUAGUUGGUUUCAUUUUGAUCGUCUUUGAGUAAAAUUUCUAGCCGUCUGCACACUAUGUGUACCAAUAUCUGCAACAACAAUCCACAUAGAACCUUGUUUUCAGGUAACAGUGGUGGGUAGCCAACAAAACUGUUUUUACUUAUCAGGCGGAAAGCACACACAGAAAUAAAGUACAACAGUCAAACCAUCUGUAAUAAAUCCAUUAUCAGCCUAUGUGAGAUAAGCCAGUGGUGGGAUCUCUUGGUAAACUAGGCGGCUUCACUCGGCUACAGAGUUGUAAAGAACACUGAUUUAUACUGUGGCCAUUUAAAGACACGCAACUAGUAGUAACAUAUGGAGUAAGUUUUAAAAUAGCAAAAUGUUCCUUUAAGUAAUACCUUUUAAGCUACAUAAAAUAUGGCUGAGUAAACCUAUAACUACACAUGAAGGAUCUCUGCAGGCCAAAUGCUUAAGUCUUCCUGAUUUUACUGAAGCUCUGAUUUAUCUUUUUAUUGUGACAAAGCUGAUUUUUAGUAAUUUGUGUGAUAAAUCCAUGGGUAUAGUUAACUGUUUUAAUUGCGUAUUUAUGGUGUUUUUUUCCUUGUGUUUUAUAAUAAAAUGCAGUGAUUGACAAAAAAACUAAUAAAUAUGUCCUAUCAACACCA